CUGGGUGUUUCGACUGUGCGUCCUUUUCAGGCGAAAGAGGCUGCGCUUGCGUUUUUCUGCCACUGUUGCUAUAUGCAUUCCAAAGCUCUGGUACCAUGUAGCUCAAGAUCAUUGCAGGUGUGUCUGUGUGCUGCGUAUCGUUCCUGGACACCGGGGGAAAAAAACACAUCGGCUUUAAAAUCGUUUAUCUUGUAUUUUAAGUUUAGCUUCUCUGGAUUUAUGAUCUCGCGUAUCUGUACCGUGAUAUGUUUUAGUUCAUUUUGUUAGUGACAUCCGCAGUGUCGCCACGGGGGGAAAAAAACAAUAUUUGCUGAUCAUCAUCCUCUGAUCCCGUUUGCCUGCACACUCUAGCUGUGAAUGGGCUGUGCUUUGUGAUUAUCUGCAGUCACUUUAGAGUCAUUUCUGGAAGAAGAUGGCGGACAGAGCUGAGAUGUUUUCUCUCUCCACCUUCCAUUCCCUCUCUCCUCCGGGCUGCAGGCCAGCCCAUGACAUCAGCCUGGAGGAAUUUGAUGAUGAGGAUUUAUCAGAAAUUACAGAUGACUGCGGAAUUGGGCUAAACUAUGAUUCCGAUCCUUAUGAGAAGGACUGUCUUAUCCUGGAGAAGAAUGACCUCCAUCACCCAGUGUGCUCCUUCCAGGAUGACUUCCAGGAGUUUGAGAUGAUUGACGAUAAUGAUGACGAGGAGGAAGAAGAGGAGGAAGAAGUUGACCCUGAGGCCCCGCCCUCCCCCUCUGCCUCUCCUCCUGCCUCACCCUUGGACACAACGCAGAAAAGCCGACCAACCACACUGAACCUCCAAGCGCCAGUCUCUCAGGAUUCUCUGAAUAAUAAUGGCAGUUUUUCUCCACGGAAAGCCAACUGGCAGGAAGCUCUUCGUCAUUCAUCUUCACGCGGACAUUUGUCUCCUUCCCAUUCUUGCCUUGAAGACAGUACCCAUCCGAAUGGCCAAUGUGCUACAGAACCAAGUGCUGGGUCUCAAAGCAAAGGUACACCCACAAAACACUCAGGGGACACUGAACAGACACAAUCGCCACUCAGGCCCCUCCUGUACGACUUUGAGGGCAACAAACGGGAAACCCUGGAAUACGGGUCUUUUGGGCAACACAAAAUGUCCACAAGUUCAGACACUGGAGUGGAACCCAACACGGAUAGUACCAGCCCAAUCACAACCAUACCAGUGAUAGAUGAAGACUCACAGAGCUCUGAUACUGAGGUUGACCAUGACCUGACCACUGACUGUGCCAAAAAGUGGAUGUGCCAAUAUAGACAGGCCAAUGAUACUUACACCGUCACCUCAGAGUCAGUGGCAGAUCCAGAAGUGGAGUAUGACCUUACAUUAGAUGGCACCAGUACGUGCCUGUCUCCUACCAACCCAGUAGUUAAUGAUGCUGGUACUCCAAUAUCAGAUGAUGAACUAGAUAAGGUCCUUGACAUUGAUUAUAUGGGAACACAAAGCAAGGACUGUGUCUCAAAAGAACCAGAGUGUUCAUCGUAUGUUGAGUUUCCUCCAAUUGAGCCUACUUCAUUCUGUAUUUACAGUUCCCCUGCAAGUCAGUCAAAUGCAGAAGUAGACCGGCCACACAGUACCAGUGAUGCUAAUGUACAUAGUCACCCACCUUCUUCAUCCAAUGAGACAGCCUCUCCUUCUUCCGACCCAGGCAUUGAAGCAGAUCUCAGGAGUAAAGGAAGGUACAUGCCAUCCGGUAAUCACACUGACGAUCUUAGCUCUCCAGGUUCUGAUUCUGACAUUGAAGGAGAAAUAGAGGCUGCCUUCACCUGUGGAGACCACUUGGUCAGUAACAUGAUCUCAUCUAUCUCUGAGACAGAGUUGGACCUCACCAGUGAGAGCAGCAGUGGCCGGUCCUCACACCUCACCAACUCUAUUGAAGAAGCAAGCUCUCCCGCCUCUGACCAAGAGCUUGAGACAGAGUUAGAGGCAGAGAGUGGCAUAAUUGGCAUCAAGGCCUCCUUGCUUCUUGGGCAGUCCGAUCCCUAUGAAGUUACUUCACCAACAUUAGAAGUGGAAGUCAAACCACAACUUGACGAUGAUCAAGCAUUAAUGGGUCUUCAAAAUGUUGAUGGACUUCCAUAUGAACACAUCGCAGACCCAGAUGAAACCUUGCCACCAACAGACUGCAGCGAAGACCACCUCAUGAGACAAUUAGUUCUUAAGAUUGAACCUGACCACAGCUUAGAGAGUUUCAAGAGGUCCUUUUACCUGCCGAUAGGGCCCAAACUGAUGCCUGAUAUGGACAAUGAAGAAGGUAAUAGUGAGUAUGAUUCAGAGUCGGAUUCAGAAGCUGACCUGAGUGAAGACGCUGACUCUCCCUGGCUCCUGAGUAACCUUGUAAAUAAAAUGAUUUCAGAAGGCUCUUAUCCUAUAAGCUGUCCAGAGGAGUGCUUCAAGAGGUCUGGCUCAAUAUCUGACACUAUUUCGCCAAUGUCAGAUUUGGAGACAGAUGCUUUUAAUGAACCCCUAGACAGCCAAGACCACCAGUUGAGUUCGAGUAGUGAUGUAUGGACAAAAAACUCUAAGGAAGGCCUCUUAGAUACAGAGACAAACAACGAACGGUUUUCAAAUACAAUCACUCCAGUCUUUGUUGAUCGAUAUAAUAGUGCUGUCAGUGCACACAAUAUCAAAAGCCAAGGAAUGUGUGCAUCUGAUACAGAUAAAGCCUAUUGGCAUAUCAAUGAUUCAUCUGUUAGCCCUACAGUUGCCAAGUCUACAAAGAACCUUAAAGAGGACACAAUGGAGCCUAAUAAUGAUCUAUCUAUAAAUUCACAUGGAUCAGUAUCUCCAUCUGCAAGUGAGCAGCUAGAUACUGACAAAGAUGAAGGCAGAGAAGACACAAGUGUGUUUGAUCGUAUUAAAGAGGUUAAGAACAGUUUGACUCUUGAUAUUCCCAUCGCCCAAACAAACAGAUGCUUCAACUUGACCUACUCCACUGACAAAGAAGAAGAAUCAUUUCUUGAGAGCAUCAGGAAGUCUCCAUAUCAUGAUCACUGCUUGGACAACUCCCCUUCUGUGGAUGAUAACUUAGAUGAACUCCCUCCUUUAAAUGUGUUGGCACCCGAGCAGAGAGAUGAAUCCCUGGCUUAUGACUCCAUUAAGUACACUCUGGUGGUGGAUGAAAACACAACCCUGGAGCUGGUUAGCUUGAAAAGAUGCACCUCUAUCCUGAGUGAUGACAGCGAGAUCUCCACCAUCUGUGAUAAUUGUGACCUGGAGGGGGACAAUGAAUUUGAUGUUGAUGUUGAUGGACCAGAAGUCCUCAGCUCAUCUGAAGAUUCAUCCCCUGAAGCCGAUGUGCAGUUUUCCAAGAAGUUCUUGAAUGUCUUUGUGAACAGCACAUCAAGAUCCUCAAGUACGGAGUCAUUUGGCCUUUUCUCAUGCACAAUAAAUGGAGAAGAAAGAGACCAAACCCACAGAGCUGUCUUCAGGUUUAUCCCUCGACACGAGGAUGAAUUGGAGCUGGAUGUGGAUGACCCACUCUUUGUGGAAGUGGAGGAAGAUGAUUACUGGUACAGGGGUUACAACAUGCGCACUGGAGAGAGGGGGAUUUUUCCAGCGUACUAUGCUCAUGCAGUGGUGAGCCAUGCCAAAGAAUUUAUUGGAAUGAAGAGGAACACUGGCUGGGUGGAGAGGUACAACGUUCAAUUCCUGGGCUCAGUGGAAGUCCCAUAUCAUCAGGGCAACGGUAUCCUGUGUGCUGCCAUGCAGAAAAUUGCAACUACAAGGAAGCAAACUGUCCACCUGAGACCUCCGUCCACAUGCGACCUGGAAAUAAGCCUUCAAGGGGUCAAACUGAUCAUGAGCUUGGAUGAGUAUGGAGGGGACGAUGAGUUUGACAGGUGCAGUCACUUCUUCCAGAUGAAGAAUAUCUCCUACUGCGGCUGUCAUCCUAAAAACAGCUGCUACUUUGGGUUCAUCACCAAACACCCGGUACUGAACCGCUUUGCCUGUCACGUGUUUGUAUCCCAGGAGUCAAUGCGCUGUGUAGCUGACAGUGUGGGACGAGCAUUCCACGAGUAUUAUCAGGAGCAUCUGGAGUAUGCCUGCCCCACAGAGGACAUUUACCUGGAGUAAGAUGAUCCAUACCAAUCCCCUGGAUCUGUAUGUCCUUCAGGCACACCACAGGGGGGUUCUCAAGCCUUUUUCUCUUGUAAAAUACAUUUUCUUUCCAAAGUGGGAUCUUUAUUUCUCCUUCCUCCACCUUUGCGACAUGCCCAGAAUGAAUGUCCAUGGGUUUAUUUUAUUUAUUUAUUGGAUUUUAGGUAAACAGGUUGGCUUAAGAACAGUCUUUUGAACAUCAACCAAAAUGGGGAAAAUACUCUACUACUGUACAUGUUUGACUUUCAUGCAUGUCUUUAACACAAAAAAUACCAAGUGUGAUUUAAAUAUAUAAAAAAUAUGUCUCUAGGGGAUUGUACAGCCUUUGUUAAAGCAAUAGAAGGAAAUACUUCACUUUUUUUUUUUUUGCAUCUGGUUGAACUGGGAGCCUUGAGAUGUGAAUUUGAAUAAGUUUAAAAAGAUGAAAUGAGUGCAAACCAAAUUACCAUGGAGAGAGGCAGGCAGAUGGAUAUCUACUGUGGCAACACACACACAUAAGACACAUUAACUCCGUAAUUGAGGAAGAGACUGGGAAAAUAGGGCUAUAAAAUGCCAGCCAAUGUUUGAUAUGUACUGUAUAUAUGUAUAGACAGCGAAGACAAGAGAGACAGCUCAUUCAUUUGUUCAUAAUAAUUAUCAAAAGGUCAUUUCAGGUUAACUGGCGGUAGGUUGUGUUGAUGAAAACCUCAUUCAAUGGUUCUAGAUGGCAGUACAGUCCUUACUGGAAUAGAGAACGGUUUAUAGUCACGAUAACUAAAAAUAAUGAAUUGAAAAGAACGGCAUGAUAAACUAAUCUUUCGUUUGUAUAAUAGUGUGCUAAUGCAUAUCGGUUAUAAAUAUAUAAAAAAAAACACAAUAAUGCUUUUAAUUUGACAAGGCAUUGAUGCUAAACCCUUCUGAGCACCACUGAACAGUGGCAGUUUGAUGGUGUCCAUUCAUUGGUCAAUAUCGACUAAGGCAAUCCAGUCAAUCCAGCCAUGCAAGUUGUCCAGUUACUGAUAUUGUACACUGCAGCCCCAGGUCACAGCCAGUUGCACUCAUACUCUGCUGGUUUUACUCUGGUUUGUAACUUGUAUAAACCAAUGCAUUUUUUUUUAUCAGCUCUCUUUUAAAAGGGAAUAGAAGAGUGGUUCUUGGUUUGAUGUCACUGAAAGGCUUAACAUCCCAAAAGAUCUUCAUCCUGUUGUACAUUGUGUUUGUCUGCUUUCUCCCCUUGUGUGUCUGUCUGUGCUAGCUAGAUAAGGUUUUCUGAGGAGAGGUUAUUUUAAUCUUUCUUCACAAUAUUUUCUGUAAACAGCCUUUACGUGAAACAGUUGUGAUGUGAAUUAUAUAGCCAAUGGAACAUGUUCAGACGUGUCCCUCUACUGGUCAUUAUCUGCAUUGAUGUUUGUUUCAGGUUUCACAUAUCUAAGUGUGCAGUGCGUUCACCAGAUUUUCUCUCUCCUUCCCAAUAGAGAAGACUUACAGCAUCUUCUGUCAGUGAGUUGAAAUCCAGUGUUUCUCUUCUAUCAUGAGGUUUCUCAUAAAGAGGGCACCUGCUCAUUGUUAGUCAGGGAAUAUAGCAAGCCCUGGAUAUAAUCUUUCCAAUAUAUUAGGAACAUUAUAUCAAAUAUGAAAGGAUAUUCAGAUGAAAAUCAUUUGUGCUUUGUUUGUAGAAAAAGCUUUAGCUAUACAGAUUUUCAAUGAUUAGGACCUGUUUUGUCUGAAGGGAAGUAGUCAUGUGAGGUUCUCUAAAUAGCUGGUUUUAACACAGAAACUGAAGCACAGUCAAGUAUGGGUAGUAAACAAGGACUGAGGAGACCAUUGGUGUGGCAGGUUGAGAAUGAGACUUUGGUGCACUGACAAGACAAACCAUUUUAAUAGUAAUCUUAACUUAGUGACAUAUAAACUCUUAACAUCUUCACGAUUGAAAAGGGGUCAUAUAUAUUGAUCUCAGUAACUAAUAAUUUAAAGUACUGCUGCAUAUUUCCUGCUCUACAAACAGCUACUAUUGAUCUGCUCAUCCAAGGUGAAUAUAAAGUCAGCAUCUCACUUUGCAAUGCUAAUGUGAAAAAAAAAAAAAUAUAUAUAUAUAUAUAUAUAUAUAUUUGGCAGACGGGGACUGAUUGAGUGACCAGGGUUCCAAAAGAAACUUGUAGCUGACCCCUGCAAAUGUAAUUACACGAAUACGUAUUGUGUUUGUCCCAAGGACAGGUUUUAUUGUCCAGUGGCAUAGUGACUUAUCUCCACCCUGUCUAGCAGACAUGUAAUGUAAUUUUAGAUUUAAAUUCCCCCUUAGUCUUUCUGCCUCAAUAACAUUCUACAAACCCCCCACCCCCCACCCCCCCACACACACACUGUUUCUAAAACUCCUCUAUGUGCCUGUAAUUAAAGGGUGUGCAAAUGUCAAGAAUUAACAGGUCAACACCUGUCUAUUUACCUAUUGUAAAUAUUUUUUUAAAACAAAUUAUUUAUUUAGCAAAACUCUUGUAUUGUGUUGCAGCUUAUUUUAAUGGUGCAGUCCAGCUUGUGCUGUCUUCAAGUCUAAAGAUAUUAUGAUAUGCUGUAAGCACUGAGUGCAAAUUUUCAAAACCUAACUAAGACCAUUAAUCCUAUUCUGUUUAUAAGUAGUUGCAAUUACCAGUUAAAUGUAACUAAGUAGCAUUCAGUCACAUUAGGAAAGGCAAUACUAGUUUUAAACGUGCACAGGCUGUUUUUAUAGUGUUCAUACAGUGUUGCAAAACAGUAACAGUGAAAACAUCAUGAUGUCAGUGCUGGUGUUUUUGUUGACCUGGUUUUCUUUAGACUUUCACACACACCUGUCUUGUAAAUAUGAUCUUGCUUCCUGUGUCAUUACCACUAGCCUUGCAUAUUUCUGUGGGGGUCUUGGAAUUGCGCCACAAUCACCAUGGAAACAGAAUGUUUGCUUCUUGUACAUACUGUACAUGUACAACUUCCUCUCUCUAACCAAAGGAUGUUAGAACUUUAAGAAGUAAAUUGUUCAAAAGGUAAUAGAUGGGGUGGGCGGAAUGUGGGAUGGGGAGGGGGGGUAGUUCUGUUAGUUUAAAAAAUCCUUGAUGUGCCCAUUGAUAAUAACAUUGUGCAUUAUUAAGUGUGAGUAUUGGAGAACUGCUCUGUCAUUCAACCUUGAAGUGACUGCAAAGACCAUGACAUCUCACCUCCCAUCUAUAGAGCAUGACUGGCCUGCAUGGACCACCUGUGUUUAUCUGGGUAGCAUUUUAUAUUCCAUCUACUAUACACAGCAGUUAUUGCUGAAUUAUGCAUCUGAACAACUCCUGUGUGGAUUUAAGUACAGCAGCCUUCUUCCAGAUAAGUGAAACUUUACCUGUUAUUCACUGAGACUGCAUGGCAGUCAAGCUUCCAUUACAUUGUUUAGUUUUCUGGUACCCUUCAUUUGAUCUAUCUCUAAUGAGUCAUGUGAUUUGAUUGUUUUUCCAGUACACAUGGAGCAGAAGGGCCUGCAAUCCUAUGCUCAGGCUCACCUCAUUAUUAGAGUAAUGCUGUGUCUGCUCAUUUAGACCUCUUGCAUAAAGUACGUUUGAAUGGAAAUAAUAGAAUUCCCUUUUAUUAAUUUAUAUUAAAUUGGUACUGAGCCAUAUCUAGUAACUUUUGGGAGUUACACUCAAAGGUUUAAAUUCAGGAGUUGGCAGGUAUGAUGAGUGCUUUAUACUAUAAAUAGACAUUCCUUAAUUUCUACAAAAUUACAAUAUUGCAAGUGGAUUUCUUUUUCUAAAUUAAAAAUGUCAUCCCUGCUUUGCUGUAUGUAUAUACAGUAUAUACAGAUGUGAAUGAGAAGCUACUAUUCACUUUUCAUUACGACAGCUACUAAAUUGUUGACAUAAGUUUGUAUCCAUUUUGUGAAUUAUGGCAUCCCUCCUGUUUACAAGUUGGAGACUGCAAUGCAGCCCCCCCCCCCCCCCCCACACACACACACUACCUUAUAUAACUAAUCAGUUUUGAUGUUCAAAUGUUACUUUAUGUACAGGUGUUACACAAUGAUUUGAAACAACAGACAACAACAUGGAGGGGCUCCAAAAAUGGUAAAUGUGAAGUAUUUUUGUUUCCUCAUGGGCAGUUGUUUGGCAUAGACCCACACAUUGUACCACAGCAGUCAGGUGGUCUUGCAUGACUAUAUGCUGCAUUUGUGACAAGCUUAGCCUUUUGAGCUCCAAAUAGUCUUUAAUUAAAUCUGCUACAAAAAUGCUUGCAAAUUCCUCCUGAUGAAUUUUAACCUGAAAUUAUUAUUUAAAAGGAAAACAUAGAAAACAGAAACAUUUUGAAUGAUUUAUUGCUGUAAAUGAACGUACCCCCACAGUUCGCACAGAGCUUGGUUGCUAAAUUGCUAAUGCUAGUAGAGGCCAACUUAUUUAAAUGGAAUAUUUACCAAACAAUCAUUACCUAUUUCCUAUUUAUAGUGAAUUCAUAUGUGUGUCACGGUGUCUAAGUUCCUGCUGUCUUUAUUGGAUGGAUAAUUGUCUGAUGGAUGAAAUUGUUGACCUUGAGCAAGCUUCUGAUCAAAUCAGAUAACUGUUCAACACUUAAGCUUAGAAGACAGCAAUCAUUAAAGUAACACCACACCAAGCAAUGAAAUCCAAUUUUAUAUAGGAAUGCAAUGUUUGUAGUCCGAGAAGAUAAUAAAAAUAUGUUACUUGGCAACAUUUACAGAAUAGAUUGUGAUGUAGAUCUGUGCUGCACCCUCUAUAAUAAUGCAAAUAGCUUACAUCUUUCCAGCCGUAUUUAAUUUUAAUAGUAUUCCCAUGGCAACCAAAAGUGGUUCGUGAAACUGGGUUGUGACUGGAAUAACAAUAAAUAACAAUAAUGUAAAAUACCAUCUGCUAUUCUUGAUCAUUAUAAUUCUAAUACCGGUAUAUACAAAAAAAAACCAUAGCUUGUGUAGUUUAGCGUCAAUGCCAUUUAAAAAGUGUACUUUUGUAGAGUAAAUGAAGCAAUGAUACAAUUAUAUUAAAACAACUGUCAAGAAAUAAAGUGCCCAGGACACAUUUUUUUUCUUUGAAGGGAAUAUUAUUUAUGUGUUUGUUUAUUUAUUUAAUAACCAAAAUUCAUUUGUAGUUUUUUAUGGGCCACUAUGUGAUAAGCAAGAUUCAUUUUGUACAAACACUGCCAAUAUUUGUGUAGAGGUUUGUGCAAGCUUGUCUCUGCCAUGCAGCUGUAGUUUUGUAUAGCAAAUGGCAUGCACUGUAUGUCGUAUAAGAAACAUUUGUGUAUGAACAAAUGUUUACUUUUCCCUGCUCUGGAAAAGUGCAGAUCUUCUAUCGCAGUUGCAUACACAAAAGCAUUGCAAAUCGCUAUGGUAUUCUUGAUAAUCUGUUCUGUUGCUUUUUAUUUCCGCUGACAUGACAAGUUUUGUUUUAAUGAAAGACAGGCUUAUGGCAUUUUAAAAACUAACAGCUACUUCUUUCCUUCUCUCCUUCCCCCUCCCUGACCGGAACAAUUUCUCAAAUGGAUUCUUCUAGGCUGUAUAAUCCAUAAUGAUGUAACUUUGAAAUUAAACUGAUAUUCCUCACUGUAUAAGUAUAACAAAUCAGUAUGUAAUAAAUAAUAUUUAUCUUGUAUCUUUAAAAAAAAAGGACUUGUAAAAAAAAAACACAAACACAAAAAAAUCUUUAUUCACACUGCCUUGUCAUGGAUUUAUUUGGUCUUAUGAAUAAAAUAUAUGCUUGGUGUCAA